AUGCCCUUGAGGCAUAUUACAGCACCUUCAGGAGAGAUGUGCAAGCCUUUGGCAAAAUUAUCUUACACUUAUUCAAGAUCAAUGGUUAAGGAGGAGAUUGUUGAAGAUGAUGCUAAACUCCCCUGUUUUAAUGGAAGAGUGGUAUCUUGGCUUGUUACAGCAGAAGGCAGUAAUGCUUCUGAUGGAACUUCUCAGUGUACUGAUAGAUGUGAUGUCAGAAGUCCAAUGGACAGGACUGGGGGACCUCAUGAUCUGAGACCACCAUCUUACCAUAGCCAUUUGGUGGAUAACCUUUGUGACUCAACAUGUACAGAGACAGAAUCAGUCAUUAGUUCAAGAAGAGAUCAUCAUGGAUUUGGGCAUUACCCUACUAGACACAGAGAAAAACACUUUCAUGAAGAUCAUGGGAGAAUCAAUGGCCACAACAAACAUGGACAUGGGCAAAAACACCGAGGAGGACAUGCAUAUGAGACUUCUUCCAUGGUGACUAGUGACAUUGAUACCACAAGUUUUGUAGAUUCAGAGGAUGAGACCACCAGCAGAAUAUCUACAACAACUGGAGAAAGUAGUGUUUCUAAGAUUCACGCUCGUCAGAGGCGAAGAAGGAGAAGACAUAGAAUACCGCCAAUGAGUAGGGUAAGGAGAGACAACUGCAGUAUAGCUAACUUUCAAGAUGGAACAUCUUCUAUCAGUAGCAUUACAGAAUCAACUAUGUCUUUAAAUAUCAUCACAGUAACUCUUAAUAUAGGUAAGGAAUUUCUAAAUCACUUAGCUUUUCGUAACAAAUUUUAUUUAUUUUACUCACCUAAACAAUCUGAUUAG